CCUCGCAUCAGCGCUCCUGUCUAUCUCGCAAACUCAGACACACACAGAGACGAGUGAGCUUCCAGGAGCACCAGAAAACCGUGGCGGAAGAUGUUCAAUCAGUUCGGAGCAACGGCGGAGACUCUAAGCAAGGCGUCGACACUGGUGUUCCGGAUCGGCACCGACGCCCACCUCUACGACGAUCCCGACGACGUCAGCAUCGCUCCUCUCCUGGACAGCAGGUUCGACUCCGAGAAGUGCGAGGCUCUCAAGCGUUUACUCGCUCUCAUCGCCCAGGGAUUCGAAGUCUCCAGUUUCUUCCCUCAGGUUGUGAAGAACGUAGCGUCGCAGUCAUUGGAAGUGAAGAAGCUCGUUUACUUGUACUUGCUGCAUUAUGCUCAAAAGCGUCCGAAUGAAGCGUUGCUGUCGAUUAAUUAUUUCCAGAAGGAUUUAGGGGAUCCAAAUCCGUUAGUGAGGGCGUGGGCGCUGAGAACCAUGGCGGGGAUUCGCCUACAUGUUAUUGCACCUUUGGUUCUUGUUGCCGCCGGAAAAUGUGCUAGAGAUCCGUCUGUAUAUGUUAGGAAAUGCGCAGCCAAUGCUCUUCCUAAGCUGCACGAUUUGCGCCUUGAGGAUAAUACUGUGGGGAUUGAAGAGAUUAUUGGAAUAUUGUUGAAUGACUCUUCCCCUUGUGUCGUUGGAGCUGCUGCUGCUGCUUUCUCUUCUGUUUGUCCGAAUAAUUUGUCACUGAUUGGGAGGAACUAUAAAAGGUUAUGCGAGGUUCUUCCUGAUGUGGAAGAAUGGGGUAAAAUAGUUUUAAUUGGGAUCCUUUUGCGCUAUGUAGUUGCAAGGCAUGGGCUUGUAAAGGAAUCCAUUAUGUUCUCUUUGCAUGGAACAGAGAAUUCUCGAUCUGAAAAGGAUUGCUCGGACACCAACUCUGCAUUGGAUGACAAUGGUGACAGUAAUGGUCUUUAUGAGUCUGAAUUAACAAAUGCUGUAUCCCGUUGUUAUAUUGAAGGACCAGCUGAAUACUUAUCGCGAUUAAGUUUCAUGAAUAAGGAUUCCUCUGAAUUUAAUUAUGCUCGUUUUACAUCCGGAAAGAAUAAUGAUGAUGUGAAGAUCCUGCUGCAAUGUACAUCGCCAUUGUUGUGGAGUAAUAAUAGUGCAGUUGUACUAGCAGCUGCUGGUGUACAUUGGAUUAUGGCGCCAACAGAGGAUUUGAAAAGAAUCAUUAAGCCGCUCUUGUUCGUUCUAAGAUCAUCCAAUGCCUCAAAAUAUGUGGUUUUAUGUAACAUUCAAGUAUUUGCCAAAGCAAUUCCUUCACUCUUCUCUCGAUACUUUGAAGACUUCUUUAUAUGCUCUUCGGAUUCAUAUCAAAUCAAAGCUUUGAAACUGGAUAUACUGGCUUACAUCGCUACAGAUUCAUCAAUUUCAUUUAUACUCAAAGAAUUUCAGGAUUAUAUUAGAGAUCCGGACAGGAGAUUUGCUGCUGAUACUGUUGCUGGAAUUGGCAUAUGUGCACAACGACUUCCAGAAAUGGCAAAUGCAUGCUUGGAAUUUCUAUUGGCUUUGACCAGACAGCAACUUAUGACUGGUGAGUUUGGGUCAGUGGAUACUGAAGCAGAUAUAUUGAUUCAAGCAAUAAUGUCUAUUAAAUCAAUCAUUCAGCUAGACCCUCCCAGUCAUGAAAAGGUUAUUAUUCAAUUGGUUCGAAGUUUAACUUCAAUAAAGGUGCCUGCUGCGCGUGCUAUGGUUGUUUGGAUGGUGGGGGAGUAUAACUCUUUAGGUGAUCUCAUCCCAAGGAUGUUAGCUACAGUGCUCAAGUAUCUUGCAGGGUGCUUUGCUUCUGAAGAAGUGGAAACAAAGCUUCAGAUUUGUAAUACCGCUGUUAAGGUUUUAUUGGGGGCAAAAGGGAAUGACUUGUUGACAAUCAAAAUGGUUUUAAUCUACGUGUUGGAGCUGGCCAAAUGCGACUUAAAUUAUGACGUUCGUGACCGAGCUCAUUUCUUAAAGAAACUUCUGUCAACUUAUUUAGAUUCUCAAUGUUUGGAGGAGGAAACCAACCAUCCGGGCCAACAUAAAGAUAGUUCACGUCUCCUGGCAGAAAACUUGUUUGGGAAACAAAAUAAAUCAGUGUCGCAUGAGCCCAUUGAUCACCGGUUUUACCUUCCUGGAUCUUUAUCGCAGAUAGUACUUCAUGCUGCUCCAGGGUAUGAGCCUCUCCCAAAGCCCUGUAGUUUGCGCUGUGAUGACCCCGAAAUGGAUGAAAACGGUGAUCCACAUGUUACAGACGAUGAGGACUCAGCGUCUGAAUCUUUGGAUGAGGAAAUUGCUUCUAGUUAUAGUUCGCAACAUUCUAAUGUGGAUUCAAGUGGGACUGAUGGCAGUGAAGAGGCUGGUUCUGCAAGUGAAGACGAUGACAAUUCUCAUCAGUUGAUUCAGUUUUCAGAUGAAAGGAAAAAUGGAGCUUCUCAGUCUGCUUCUGAUUUUGGGGAAUUGUUGUCAAAUAGAGCUUUAGAAUCAUGGUUAGAUGACCAACCUGGUUUUUCAAAACCAAAUACUUCAGAACACAGUCAAGUCCGUACAUCUUCAGCAAGAAUCUCCAUCGGUGAUAUUGGAGGUCAAGUUAGACCUAAAAGCUAUCCACUCUUGGACCCUGUGAACGGAAAUGGCUUAAAGGUUGACUAUUCAUUUUCAUCUGAGAUUUCAAGUAUCUCUCCUCUGUUUAUAUGUAUAGAAGUUUCCUUCAAGAACUGCUCAAAGGAGACAAUGUCUGAUAUAACUUUGGUGGAUGAGGAAUCUGGAAAAGGCAAGGAUUCUGUAGAGCAAUCGUCGUUUUCAGAUGAAAGCUCCACGAUACCUCAAAGUAAUGAGCCAAAUCUAGUUUCUGUAGAAGAGAUCACAUCUCUGGAACCUGGUCAGACAAUGACAAGAAGCAUCCAGGUCCGCUUCCAUCACCACCUCUUGCCUCUAAAACUGGCCAUAUAUUGUAACGGCAAGAGGCAUCCUAUUAAGUUGCGCCCUGACAUUGGAUACUUUGUAAAAGCUCUUCCUAUGGAUGUUGAAGCCUUUACAAAUAAGGAGUCUCAACUGCGUGGAAUGUUUGAAUGCGUAAGAAGGUGCACCUUCACUGACCACAUGAAGGAGUUGGACAAGGACAAGGGUGAUAAUUCAUUGGUAGAAGACAAAUUUCUCGUAAUCUGCCGAAGUCUUGCAUUGAAGAUGCUCAGCAAUGCAAAUCUUUAUCUUGUAUCCGUUGAUUUGCCAGUUGCAGCAAAGCUUGAUGAUGCAACAGGUUUGAGCUUACGGUUCAGCAGCAAGAUUUUAAGCACCUCUGCCCCCUGCUUGAUAACCAUUACUGUUGAAGGUAGAUGUUCCGAACCAUUGGAAAUGUCAGUUAAAGUAAACUGUGAAGAAACUGUGUUUGGGUUGAAUCUUCUGAACAGGAUCGUAAAUUUCUCUGUUGAGCCCUCCCAUCCCCACGUGUAGUUCGGCAGGACAUUGGAAACAAGUAAUUGAGUUUUGGAGAGAACAUAGAAAACCCGCCGUGUACUGCCAACUCUUCUGGCUAUCCGGAUGUUUAAUGUAUUUUCUGUACAGCGGGCAAAAGCUCGGUAUUAUACUCAUUCACAGAAUUGUCUCGAGUUCAUUUUCUUUCGCUCGGAAAGUGUUUGUUCUUGAUUUUCAGUCUGUACUUUUUGUAAUUUAUGGGACAUGAAAUUUUAUGUAAUUUAAAUCCAUAUGAAGUACACAUUUCCAGUGGAA